AACUUCCGAAAAGCGUGUGGAAAUUAAGUUUAUUAGUGAAAUAUUCACUUCAAUUACAAUAUAUAUUGCAACCGAAUCAAAAUAUCUUGCAAAUUCCUAAAAAUGAAGAGCGCUGGUCUCAGAGAUAUUUUUUUGGGAAUGCCCGAUUACCAGAUUAGCGUGGAUGAUAUUGAUAUUGAUAUAGAUUUGGAUGAGAUGGAAGAUAUGGAUGAUAUGGAUGAGUACGAAGAAUAUCUGGUGCCCGAACACGUGCCCGCUGAGGCCAACGAACCACCGGCUGAUGCACCGAUUGAGCCAUCGGACCCGAUGCUGAUUCUACCAGAGGAUGUCGAAUAUGAUUUUGAAAUCAAUUUAAAUGAUUCGAGCUCUAUGAUUGCGCUGUUUGGGGUCAAGUGCACUGAUAAUAUAAACGAAGGAUGCACCAAAUCAAACUGCGAUCAUUCGUUGGAGAGCGUGGAAUCUGUGAAAUCUCAAUUGAUGGUAAUGCAACCCAGGGCAGUGUUACAAGUCUACCACCAGAUGUUUUAUCAUGGAAUUCUGGCCCAGAAAUACCAUCAGUUGUUUUUCGACGUGUUUCAUCUACGCGGAUUUAUGAACACCACUGAUCGCAAUGAGACUGUCAUUGGAGACUACUGGUAGAAAGCGAAAUUGGCCUAAGGAUGGUUCCACCCCACAUAUCCCCUACCAUUCGGAUUCGGGCGCGGGAUAUACGAAGCAUAUAACCUCUAUACAAAAAACUGAACGCAUUUUCUUAAUUCCCUGCAAAGAUCACACAAAAACAACGAACGCGCCCUCGUGACAUAAAUAUCCUAUUCAAUUCUUAUAGU